GACUUGACAGAAUAAUUACCACGAUCAAUUAGCGGUAGGGACUGAUAAUUAUUCCGAUUACUGUCCAGGCUCUGAAAAGGAUUCUGAGAGCCAAUAUUGGUAUUUGCAUAUGUAUUAAUCUAUACGAAUACCGGGGGGAUUUUAUUUACAUCGCUGUUCGGUGUGUAUCAGGUUCUCACUGCGGACGCAGAAGUUUUCGCUCUCAUGCAUUUUUUACUGGGGCCGACAGUAGUAUCUCAUUGGUGUAAUCAAACUAAGACUAUGUAGCGGGUCUAUAUUAUUCCAUGUCCGUCUUGGAUACAUCACAUAUAAAAUGCCUGCUGUACUCUAUCCAAGGCUUUGGACUCGCAGGAUGAGGACAAGUUUGUACCAUCAAAUGAAGACUGCUGGAAAUUUUCUUUAGUGACUGGUGUCGUACACACUUUGGCUUUAGAACAGUGAAAUGUUGUCCAAGAAGCAAUACGACCUUGUGUCGGAGGACGGAUAUGACGCCAGGAUACCCCUACACAAUGAUGACGCCUUCCAACACGGAAUACACUUCCAAACAAAGUAUAUUGGUACCAUGGACGUGCCAAGACCCAGCAGUCGAGUUGAAAUAGUAGCAGCCAUGAGAAAAUUAAGAUAUGACUUCAAAGUGAAACCUAUAUACAUGUAUAAAGUGUUUUAUUUUGUCACACAUUCCAGGAAACAACGGAGAUCGCUGUCUGCUGCGCAUACUGAGGAAAAUAGAGAGUUGCUGCUUCAGCAUCCCAUAUUUCGGAUAUUCUAUGUCUCCCAUGAUUCUCAAGACUUAAAGAUUUGGAGUUUCAUUGCUAGAGAUGGACCGACAAACUGCUUUAAAUGCUCCGUAUUUAAGGCCUUCAAAAAGAAUCAGGCAAUGAGGAUAGUAAGAACCAUAGGACAAGCGUUUGAAGUCUGUCAUAAACACGACCAACAAUCCCAGGUAGCAAUGAAAAACAACGAAGAGUCGUCAUUCGGGAAAUCUAAAGAGAAAAUCAAUGUCCCAACAGAUAGUCCUCGUCCGCAUCUUUUACCUUCUCCUGCGAAAAGCCCUAACAGCGCAAGGCCCUCCCCACUUCCUUCACCAGAAAUUCCCAAGGUCAAUAACCCGGAUCCUGCACCAAUCAGCACACACCAGCAUGUCAUGUUGCUAAGGCAACAGAUAGAGCAACAGCAGCAUCAAACGCAAAUUGCCAUUGGUCAAGUUCAUCUGCUUAAAGACCAACUUACGUCAGAAACUGCCGCGCGAAUAGAAGCACAGGCGAAAUCUCAUCAAUUAUUGAUGCACAACCGAGAUAUGUUGGAUCAGAUGGCGCAGUUGGUGGCGCGAUUGCAAGAAUUGGAACUCAAAGUAAACGGCGCCAUAAACACAGCCAAUGUGCAGAAUAUUCUUCCCCCUCCUCCGACAUUACAGAUGUCUGUAUUACCAGACCCCACAACACCACAAGUAGGCCCAGUGUAUACUCCGGAAUAUUUCAAGGGCAAUGCUUUCGAAAAGACCUUCGUAACGGACUUUGAUACGGACUCGCCAGACAGUGGGCAUAAAGAAAUGUCGACAGAAAACCUUGUGCAGUUUCAAAAAUCCAAUACAUCUUACUGGCAGAAUGUUUUAAAUGGAGAGCUGAUUUCUCUCAGUUCGCCCACAGACUUUGCUCCGGGAACAAUUUGCCAGGUAGUGGAAGAUAUAGCUGCCGUUACGGGAAAUCCAUUUGCUAGUGGAUUCGAUGAAAAUUUUGAUGGGCAGGGGUUUUUAAAAGACAAUGGACAUAUAAUUACCCCUUGUCCACCUCAAGACGCCAGUGGUAACAGGCUGGAGUUGAAACUUACAAGAGCGCCCAAGAUCGCGCCUCCACCGGAGUUCCGGAACUCGAAGUCUUACCGAGAUUCUCAAUACUCCGUACAAAGCACGGAAAGCACAUCUUCGCAAGAUACGGCACUUUUCGUGAAAACACCAGACAGUGAUUAUUACUCAACAAACACAACUGGAAGCAUGAUCUCCCAAAGUAAUUCCAUGAGCGGGAAUAUUUUAAACUUGCCGACGACUCCCGGUCAAGUUGAAAUGGAUUCGAAAAAAGAUUCGGACAUUUCUCCAAGCAACUCGCUUACCUCUUCAAGUCAUUCGAACUCCAGUACGAGAUCAGAGCUCAGUCAAAUUCAGAAACAGGGGAAGACUAGCGAAAGACCAACAAGAUCUUCUCCAAAAUCACCUUCAAAAGAAGGCUCGGGUGGUUCGCCAUUUUCAGAUUUCAAAACGAUUGAACAGGUUGAAGUGUCUGCUUCUCCAGGCAGUAUUAAACAAGGGGAGAAGAAAAGCCCCGUCAGUGAUUAUCAAAAUAUUGAAAAGUUUGAAGAAUUGCCACGAAGAAAGCAAAUACAGGGAUAUAGAGAUUUAGUGAUAAAGCCAGCACCCCCUCCACCCCCGCCUAGAACAGUUGAUCGAUUGUAAUUAUUACAGUUGUAUAUUUAUUGUUUUCUCUUUCUAAAAAUCCAGGACUAUGGAUUUAAUGUUAUUCUAUAUUUCAUUGUAUGCAUGCUUUUUCAGGUACUGUUCAAUCAAAUGUAGACAAGCAUUAAUUAAAAUUUUGCUCUCUAUG